AUGGAUCACUCUUGUCAUGUUGAAAAUACUGGUGGCAUAGCUUCCAGCGUCACAGCAACAUGCAAUGUGACAAAUUCUCAGAUUCCUAAGCCUCCAGCCCAGCUUCUUGAUCAAAUACUGCUCUUUCCAACAAGCACUCAUCACGCAUUGUGUCUUCUCUGCAUUGACCUGGUGGUAUCGGUUUUCAUGGCAGCUUUUCAGGCCAGUCCAUGGAAGCUGAUUUCUGGAAUCUUGGCAAUAAUGUGUCUUUUGUUGAUGACUACAUUGAGCAUUUUAUUGAAAAAUUCAUUUAUCAAACAAAAUAUUCAACCAGCAUUCACUCCAGGACCAACCAUAGAGCUCCAGAAAGGUUCUGACUGCUGUUCCUGCCCAGAAAGGUGGUUUGGGUACAGAUGCAAGUGUUAUUUCUUUUCCAACGAAGAAAAAACUUGGGCAGAAAGUAGGGAUUUCUGUGCUUCUCAGAAUUCUAGUCUACUUCAGCUGGAAGGCAAACAGGAAUUUGAUUUUAGAAUCUCUAGUAAACAUUAUUACUGGAUUGGACUCUCUUAUAAUAAAAUUAAUUGCACUUGGCUGUGGGAGGACGGCUCUAUACCUUCCUGGGAUUUGUUUUCACAAUAUAAUAUUCCAGAUCCAGAGAGCUGCAUAUUAUAUAAACCAAAUGCAACUAUUACAGAUGCAGAAUGUGGGAUGGAAAAUCAUUUUAUUUGUAAGAAGCAGUUUAUUUAA